GUGUGAGUAGAAGGUCACUGCCUGUCGUUGUUUAUAGCUGCCACAUCCGCAGACACAAUGUCACAAUGCUUAUCGUUUAAAACGGGGCGCGGACUCGUCUAUGUCACUUUGCUUGCAGCGAACGUCAAUAAAUUGAAGGAUACAGUAGUGACUGAUGUCUGCUGUAACUUUUGCUCCUUCAGAUCUUUGGCCGAAGACGAUCACUUGGCAACAUGGUCCAGUCGUGACGGGGAGACUCAGAUGCGGAGCACGGGAAGGCAUGCGUGGCAUGCGCCUGGCGGAUCAGAUGAUGAUGCCAAGCGGAACCAGCACGUGAGGCAACUGCGUGUGACCAUGGUCCCACCGUUUGAAACCGUUUUUGAUGGUCUACAGAGCUGACGUGAGGCAGCACCGGCACACCUCAAAGUGCGAGGUCAUUCAAGCCACAAAAAAUCUUAGAGAGCUAACACGCCAGAGUUUGUGGAAAGAAGCCAAUGAUGCUUUUGCAAGAAUGUUGAACCUUGGCAUCAAGCUGGAUUCUUUGUCCUGCACUGUGAUGUUGACCACUUUGAGGAAAAGGGGGAUGUGGCAGCUUGCGUUAAGAACGCAGCAGGAGAUUUGCGAGGCCACGGUCCAGCGAAAUGUCAUCACCUUCAAUGCCUUGGCAAGUACCUGUGUGGUUCGGGGUAACUGGAAGCCAGCUCUAGCACUGGUGAGUGGUGGGCACACCAUUUGGCUUGAUCUAGAUGAUGUGAGCUACAAUACCGUCAUCAGUGCAUGCGAGAAGUCAAUGACCUGGCUGAAGGCUGUGCACUUGCUUGCAGUGAUGCACUUGUCAACCAACAUGCGUGCAGAUGUCAUAAGUCAAAGCGCAACAAUCAGUUCCUGCGCUGAUGGGUUCCAUUGGCAGCUGGCACUGUCAUUAAAAAAGGAGCUGGCCAAUAUAGCCACUCAGAGCAAUUUGGUGGCAGCGAAUUCUUGCAUGUAUUGUUGUGAGAAGGCCGGAGAGUGGGAGUUGGCAUUGCAGGGCCUUAGUGAGCUCUGGAUGUUCACCAUGCAGCCAAGUCCAACAAGCACAAGUGCUCUUGUUUCUGCCACAAAGAACAGCAAUCAAUGGCAAUUGGUGGUUGCUAUUCUUGCUGCAAGUCACUGCGACCAGAUUCUGCUCAAUAGCGGGAUCACCGCACUUGGGCGUUGGCAACUGGCCAACCUCUCUUUGGUAUCCAUGAGGGGAAGACGUUUCCGUUCCGACAAGGCCAGUUUCAGUGCAGCCAUGACAGCUUGCGCAACAGAGCAUGAGUGGACCUCAACGUUGGCACUUUUGGGAAGCCUCUGCAUGCUGGUGCAGCCAGAUGCCAUUAGCCUUUGUGCAGCCCUGUGUGCCCUCGAGAAAGCAGUUUGCUGGCAGCUGGCUCUCAACACCCUUGGUGACUUCUGGCAUUUGGAGGUGCAAGCCGACGAGAUUCAUUUUGGUGCUGUGAUUGCUGCGUGUCACCAAAAGACUGCUUCUAUUGGUCGUCGCCUUGACAAAGCCUAACUUGCUGUCGGCUGGAAGUGCUGCGGGCACGUGGUCCAGGGAGCGCACGGUGACAUGAGAACAAGAGCAGGUGCGAAGUUGCGCGAAGAUCACCAGAUUUGUCUUCUCAGGAGCAGAGUUGAAUCGGAGCUGAUGUAUCGGAACCACGAGCGCAGAUCAACAGAUGCGCCUAUUGUGAUACUUAGUUCAAAGACAAAAGCAGCAAGAGGUGAACAAGUGUGCCAUCGCAGUGGUGUCACAAUCGGG